AUGGAGGGGUUCUUGCCCAGUAUUUCCUCGCAAUAUACGGUUGCUGAACUAUUGCCCGCAGGUCUUGCAAUCCCUAUGCUUAUGGUAUCUUCUGCUUUCAGAGAGGUGUGUUUCACGUGUGGGGCAUCAUAUCUCAUCUGGAAGAAUCCAUCCAUGGUGUCCGUUGCGGACAGAAGAUAUCUGAGGUGCUUGAGAAUACUUUUCCAGGAGAUCAACUCGCAGAAUGUUGAUGGCUCUGAAGACUGGCUGCUGUUUGGAAUUUUGAAUCUGUCUUUAAGAGAAAAGUAUUAUGGUGCUUCCAACACCAAAUGCACCAUGCACCUUACUGCUGCUUACCAGCUGCUGAGGCAGAGGCAGUGGAAAUGGUUGAACAUCCAGAAAUCGCAGCCUAAGUUUGAUAAAAUCAAAUUCGAGAACUUCAUCAAUCCUGAUUCUGAUGAUCUUGAUGCCAACAAUUUCGUUAUUUUCAACAGAGAGCUUUCGGAUUUGUUUUCGUCUUCGCCAAAGACCCAGAUAAAGGUGACCCCCAACGAAAGAUACAUGAUCGACAGUUUUGCGUACAACUACGCUGCAGAAUUGUUGGUUUGCAAAGACGACGCAUUGGCAAAACUUCCUUCUCCGUUUGACUUCUUUGAUGACUUCAGGGAGGCCAUGAGUGUGGCUCUAUUUCCACUGCCAUUGGACUGGAUGAACAACCCCAUUUUAGGUGCUGCCAGAGAUGCUUAUGAGCUGGCUGCAAAAGCAUCAUAUGUCUCGAGGUUCACACGUCUCGAGGGUAUAAUGCUGGAAAAAGCUCAAGAACUAUACAAGCAGGCAAGCUCGUCUCUUUGCAGCAAUCUCCCGUCUUUCAUUUACGAUUCGGAGUCAAAAGCUACCUGUACGCAUCUCCGUUCGAGCCUCAUGGUUGGAGAAAUCGUAAUGAGAUCAUGCCAUAUUCUUUUACGCAAAACUCUGAACCGUUCAAUCAACUCUGAUGAUGAAGUGAUUCAGCGUGAUGUGAGAAUUGUGAUUGAAUGUUUGAAAUUAAUCCCCGAAUACCAUAAUAUAUCGUGCAUUAUGCCGUGGCCAGUCACUGUUGCAGCAUCAGCAGCCAUUCACCCAACAGACCAGGCAUUUUUCCAGAGAAGAACUCUUGCUAUCGGUGAUCAGUUACAUACAAGAUAUGCUUAUCAGAUGUUGGAUUUAUAUGCCAAAGCUUGGGGAACUGGCAAGAAGAAGCCCAUGGGAUGUGAUGUAUUAUUGGAUCGGGAACUGUUAGAGAAGGUGUGUUUUUGA